AUGGAAGCUGCUAAAAUUGGGCAUGGUCUCAGGUUACCCAUUAUAAACCCUGUUUGCCCCAUAAAAUUUUGCAUAACUUUUUUUUUCAUACUCUUGGGUAGAAAUUGAAGACAAUGCUCACGCAAUAUUUUUGGGGCAAACAAGUUGUAUUAUGGGAGAUGUGCAAAUGGCGAACAACAUUUUUCUUUGGAAUAUGGCCUUUUUUUAAUGGAAAAUAGAUUUGAAAACGACAAAGAGACAAUUGAUGUUCUUUCCUUCCUUAUAAACUCGCGGAAGCAGGAAAACAGGCUGCAGUACUGAGGCCCUGUGGGUAGCGAUAGACUUAAGGUGCUGGUAGACACCACGCAGUACUGGAGAGCGAACUGCUUCACAGUAUAGCGUCCUCCAAAAAUUGUCCGUUUUAAAAUGUUGUUUUGAAGAAAAUCCGUUCUGUGCAGAUGAGGCCAGGAAAGAAGAAAUCUUGUUCACCUUACACGUUUUGCACCCCAUUCUGAAAUUGGGGCGGAUUGUAAAGACUUGUAGGUCAAUGCAGGAAUUCCUUUCAAGGCUAAUCCGCGAAAAUUUUCCCUUCCACGAAUGUCUUCUACUUCGCCCAAUGUACCCCCCCACCCCAUAACUUCAACUCUUUUGAGGGAUUUUUUAUACGGAUACUUUAAAAUGGGAAAAUUGGAUAUUGGAUCUAAACGAAUGUCAAGAAAAACAUCUGCUAAAACAGCGUUAUAUUUGUCCCUAGAGUUAUCCUCCUUUCUUUUGUGUUUUCCCUAACCUUUUCAAGCAAUGGUCUCAACAACAAACAAUAAAAAGAUGGUAAGAAAAGUGGAUAUCUGUAUCUCUUGGACUGAGAACUGCAUCAAAUGUUUUCUGUAUUUAGUUCCCAGAGAGAUCAAAGCACAAGGACCAGAAGCAAAGCUUGCUUAUCGAAAUGCCUUGAAGACUGGAAAGGUGAAAGUGUACCGUGCUCGAAUCAUGCUGAUCGGUCAAGAUCGAGCAGGCAAGACAAGCUUAAAAAAAUCGUUCUUAGGUCUACCAUUUGACCCUGAGGAAGACAGCACUGAUGGAAUUGAAGUUGAUCCAUCAAAAUUCGAAGUCGACAUCGAUCAAGUAAAGAACUGGAAACGCACCGAUAAAAAGCUAAGUGUGUCUCAAUUUGCCUUGGAUCUUGCAAAAAUGGUGGCUAAAGAAAUACAGGAACGAGGUAAAGACAAAGAAGAAGAUGAUGAAGAGAACGGCGACGACGACUACGAGAAAGAAGGAAAAAAACAAAAAGCAAAAAACUCAAAACUGGAUUAUCCUGAUGAAGAUACAAACAAACAGACAAAAAUGGGUCAGGUUAGUGACCAAAAAACAACUCUAAAUUAAAAUACAAACGAAUCAAACCAGGAAGGCACAAAAAAAAAAAAAAAAAAAAAAAAUCAGCAACAACAAUAAGAAAUUCUUCAUACCUUAACAGACUACAUGAUAAAAAUUUCACUGGUCUACGUAGCUGUCGAGUGUUGUAGUUUUUUGGCGACGAAGUCGCUAGAAGGUUUGGAUUUUCCCUCGAGGCGUCUUCCACGAGCUUCUACGUGGCAGCAAGAAAGUGCCCCGGGCAUAACAAUCCUGCCAGCUACACAGGCUGAAAAUUCACUUGCUUGGUUAUCUUCAUCCAAGUGCAAAUAACCUGCUGUGGACUAGAAUAGCAAAUCACCAGACACUAUUAUUGGAUCGUUUAUAUACGUUGUGGUUCAACUUUUAUCCUUGGUUUAAACUUUGUUUUAAACUCAUUAUCAUACAUUACCAUACCCAAAGACAAAGGGAAUCAAAUUUAAACCAAGGAUAAAUUUGAACCACAACAUAUGUAUACAUGUAUGUGAAAAAGCAAUUUGUCAGUAAUCUGUUAAGUUUAUAUGGUGAUUCACUGUUGUCAACCUGAAACGACUAAUGUAUUUAUUUUUAUCAAAACUUGUAGUCUGGUCUUAACUCUCCUGGAGAACCUCGAUUGUCAAAACCGCCAGUGGUUAACUCCCAGAUGAAUCAGGUAAAUAUAACGUUUCUCUGGUUGUAGCCUAAAAUUCUCUAAACCUUAAUUCAUUAUGAACUUCCGUCAAAAGAAUUCAAGAAAGGGAAGUUUUUACACACAUCAUGCAGCCCGGGUUUCAAUUUUCAAUUUGGCUUAGCCUUUAUCAGAAGAUAACGGAAAAUAUGAUUACUACACUAAAUAACAGUACGUCGUUAGCUAACUAGAAUGUAAAAGGAAAAGAAAUAUUUAGCGUUGUUGCAGAUCCAGUUUUCUGUUUUUCUUUCUCUUUUUUGCGAUGUUUUUCGAAAACAGGUAUUCAGUAGGACAGUCUCUCUCCUCUUCUGACUUAUAGGUUUGAUCAUUGCAGAUUAGGCUUUAUUGUACCAAGGCGCCCUCACUGUCCCAUGACAGUAAGGCGAAAGGAAAGUGGCAAUUGUAAUGAUUGUGAGUCGUCUCUUAAGAACCUAUCUCCUGAAAACUUUCUUUCAUCUUGGAGUAAAAGAAGGGGAAAAACAAAGUGUUGUGUGGCCGGGAAUGUGGCUUUUCUUUAAAGCAAAAACUUAAUGAGCCUACGUAUAGUGUACGUUAAAGAUUUUGGGUAAUAGUGUUAUUUUUUUCUGGCUAACUCCAAGCACAUGAAUUUUAUUCGGUUAUAGCCUGCUGUACAAUAAACGUCGUGUUUUUUCAAGUACAAAUAUGUACCCAGGUGUAUUUACAAAGCAAGUGCCUUAAAAGCAACUCGCUAACUUCUUAUCUAACACUUGACUUUAAAGUUUUGACGUGUUAUUAUGGAAAGUUUGAUGAGUAUAAAUAGGAGCUAACCAUUUUCAAAUUAAUGUCUAUUAAGAGAGGAUCUUGUGCUUAUCUAUUAACAUUACAGGUCAGUGCUCCACCCCCAAUGGCUAUUUUUUGCUUAUUCAGAGCUUUAUAUUCCUUGUGUAUUUACUGUAAUGAGUAGUAUAAUGAAUUACAGUGUGUAACCUUCACAUAGAUUUAACUCUUCGUCUACCAUUGUUACCUUACCAAGGGUACCUCGCGCUUUGCUUAUUUCCAGUUGUCCAUCUGGCGCGAUCUCUCGAAGUGUGUCUUGAAAUUAUAAACAUGUUUAAAAACUGGAAAGGCUGCCGUUAUCAGGGAAAGAUUCACUUGGGAACACAGUUGCAGUACAGUUUGGUACUAACAGAUAUUAUGUUGAAAUAUCUCGUGUAUCAAUAUACACACACGAUGAUACAGAAUAUCGGCCUUUUGCUUCUGAGAGAGACAAACUGAAGGACCGUCGCUUGCAAAACGCCCCUUUGUACAUAUUUUGUCAUAAUUGUCCAAAAGGUACAUGUUAACCAAUUUAAACACUUGAAACAAUUUAGGAAACAUCCAGGAAUGCCAGAAAAGAGACAAAAACAGCAGCCCCAGGCGUUGAAUUAAACAUCGACGCUACUCUACCCCCAGAAGAAUUUACGGAUUAUCUUGAUCAAAUUUUGAAAGGUCUAAACCUUCAGACUGAUGCAACAGCAGUUAAACAUCACAUGAUCCUUGAUCUGUGGGACUUUGCUGGUCAACAGCUGUACUAUGCGUCUUACCCAGUUUUUUUAUCGCCACGAGCAGUUUACAUGUUGGUUUACGAUCUCAGCAAAGGAUUAAACGACCUAGCUCAACCUUGCUUUAAACAGGGAGAUCGGAAAAUUCCUCUCGCUAACCCAAAUAAGGAAACGAAUAUGGAAAAUUUGUUGUCUUGGCUGGUUUCAGUCAGCAGCAUUUGUUCAUCAGAAUCAGAAAAGGCGGUGAAAGAUCAGCCCCACUGUCGCCCUCCAGUGUUCAUUGUAGGAACACAUGCGGAUAAUUUAAAACAACAUCAAGAAGACAUCGACAAGAUCGAGUUGCAGAUUAAGAGGGAAAUAUCUGAAAACAGUCAAAAUGUAAUCCGCCCUAUCUUCUCGGUUGACAAUACUCAAGGAUCGUCUGAUAGGGGAGUUAGUGCGCUCCAGAAACGCAUGAUUGAAGUUUUGAAACAAGAACCAUACAUGGGAGAGGAGAUACCAAUUCGGUGAGUUUUUAGUGGAGAAUUCUGAAAAAAGGUUUAUAACUCUCCAGUAUUCUCUAAUGUAUAACGAUGUUGACUGAAAGUGAUAGAACUCUGAUAACAGAUGUUUAAGUGGUUAGACGUAGAAGUAAACUCGCACCAAAACUGAGGGUCUCAUGGUCUUACAUGAGGAGGAGAUGGCUGCAGUCCCUAGUGUGGGUUGUUGUUGUAUUAUGAUCUCCCAGAUAACGCUAAUACCUAUCAUGUGUUGGUGUAACGGGAUCGAACCCGUGGAGUUCUUUUAAAAAUAAACUAAAACGAAGUUACCGUAAAUGUCUGUUAUAUGAGAUAGUCAAUAGUAAGGGUCUGGUCAUUUUUUUAUGGUGUAAGGAGGGCAGGUGGGAUUUAAAGCGUAUUUCCUGAAACUUCACUCUCCCCGUCGUUUAUACGACCACACUACAUUAGAAGGUUUUUUACGUGGUCCAUUGUAGUCCUUAAUAUUUGGGACGAGCCUUCCCCUACGCCUCUUCCACGUAAGGAAUUGAACAAACAAAAUAAUCAAAUAAAUCUAAAAUUAAAGUCUAGUCAAUUUCAUCAAACAUUGUAGCCUAGAAUCAGUCUGUACAGGGUAUUAAAUGUAAUUUUCUUGUAGGAACAUCAAAUGAUAUCGUUCCUGGAAAAUGUUAAUAUUCAAGCGUUUCUUACAUAAUUGUCGCAGUUUGAUGUUUUCUGAAGUGCGGCACAGAUCAACAACUGAUGCCUAAAAAAAGAUAGUGUUGUACCACGAUGUUUGCUUUUACGUGUCAGUGAUUUGUGAAACACAAGGAAGCGUGCAACAAAUAAUAAUAUAAAAAAAACAUCGAAAAGUCCAUAAAGCACAACAUGUAGCCGAGAUUCAUGUGGAGUACGGUCAAUGUGGAGGUGCUUCAUUUGACAGGGCCUGUCAAAUUCGUCUUAAUUCAAGGAGAACGCCCUUGUAGAAAUUUUUUUUUUUUUUCAAAUAAAAAGAUGAAUACCUUUACUUGUUUCGUUGUUGAUUUAUUAAAAGAUGAGUUUAAGAAAUAUAAGUAAUUUCAAUUAUUGUACUUAUUAAAACAGCUAUUCUGCGUUCCAUUUACCUUAUUAUGCCUUAUAAAGUUUAAAAACCACUUUCCCUUUCAGAUGGUUCAACUUCGAGAAGGUUGUCAAAGCUCUGGUUGCCAAGAAAGUGUACCAUUUAAACAUGGAACAACUUCAGACCAUUAUCCAGAAACAUUGCUUCAUUGAAAACAAGGAUGAGGUUGCCACUAUGUUGAAUUUCUAUCAUGACCUCGGCGUGAUUGUCAAACACGGCAACACAGUUAUACUUCAGGCUGAAUGGCUUAUUAAGCUGUUCAAGCAACUCAUAACUGUUCGCUGUUUUGAUGGCAUGGUAAGAAGAAAACGUCAGUUGCAUUUCCACACCCUCAAACUACAGUGUGGCUCUGACUUAAAAUACGAUCUGACUAGUCCUAGUGUGUUUUGCCUAUUGCUUUUUGUUGAUUGCUUUCUGUUAGUGCUGGACAGACUGAUUCAAUUGAUUCUACUAUUAGCGGCCCUACCUGGUGCCCUGGACCUAAAAGCAUGAAUUAAGCGGACACCCUCUAUUAAGCGGAAAGUAGGCAAAGUCUUUUACAGUACUGUUUUCUCAUUUUGUUUUGUUUGUACAGAUCUUAUUUUACUCAUUUGAUCCCCUAAAAUUUGAGGUACAAUCUUCUUUUAAAGUAUUUUGAUUAAUUGGUCCGCUCACAUAAGAAAUUAGUGCAAACAUAUAUUGUCAUACUCUGAGUCUCUAGGAGUAUUCCAAACGUUUCCACCAUUCAUUUGAAUGGUAUUUAACUCCUAACAUGACAUUCUCUACCGAAACCUGUAUAAAGCGGACACUAUACCAUUCCCCGAGAGUGUCCGCUUAAUGCAGGUUUCACUGUAUCAUGUUGCCAGAAAACGCUUUCUUCUCUUGUGUAUCCUCCCUUGUCAUUAUCAUUACCUCACGUGUGUGUUUUAUUUUUCAUUGUCACUAUCUUUCAGGAACCAAGGCAUUGUAGAUUGUGGAAAGAAAUGGAGAAAACAGGUGUUCUUAACAUGGAACUUGUUGAACACGUGUUUUCCGAGUUUUGUCAGCAAGGAGUAGCCAAGGAGGAUGUCCUUAAAAUGAUGAUGAAGUUUGGAUUGAUCGUGCAAUUUGCCCUCUCACCAACAGAAGAAAAAUAUUUUGUACCAUGCCAACUAAGGUCACCUCCUGACAACCUCUGCAUAAAGGAACUAUCGCCUGGAGAUCCAUGUCCACUGUACCUUGACUUUCAGCGAAUGGGCUACGUGCCUCAUGGUCUCUAUUUACAGCUUGUGUCACGAUGCACCAAAUGGUGCUCUACGAGUGGAUUCAAGAGACCCCCUAAAUUGUACGAUGGGGCAUCUAUGUUUUUCAUUGGGAAGGAGCUCACUCACCACAUGAUGCUUGUGUGCAAGAAAAGAUUCAUCAAGGUCGUUUUGAAGCAAAUAAAACGAAAUGAUGGGUCCUCAUGUGAGCCGGUAUCAGCCAAAGAAGUACCGUUUCUGGUACGAACAUUUUUGAAUGAGGUGAUGCAAAAUCUGCCAGAGGCACUUCCCUGGCUUAAAAAUGUAGCUUACAAACUAUGUGUUAAGUGUCCUUAUUGCCUGAAAGUGGAAAAACGAUGUGCUAAUCAUGACCAAUUCCCUUGCCACGACGAGCGCUGUUUGUGUCUUCUGACCGUUGCGCCAGAUGGAUCUUGCGAGUACUGUUUAGAGAGCCAUUUGGAUGAAAUUCUUCCGCUUCCUGAACUCAAAAGGUGGUUCCCGAGCAGGAGCGAGGAUUCCUCAAUCAAAGGUGGGGCUUAUAAUGAUAAAAAAAGGUUUCUCUAAAAUUUCUAAGUCUUAAAUUAUUUGAGUUUGCGUCUUGUUAUUACCCAGUAUCAUGGCCGUAGUUUGUCAAUAGAGGUAGAUUCCACUAUUUCGCCUAAUAUUGCAAGAAUACAGUAGUAGGGAUGGACACUCGAUCCUAUUUAGCCAUUGCGCAUGUCAAUUAAGAUUGCGCCCAGUGUUCCACUUAAAGUCUUGGCCUUUCAGUACUUGGCCUUUCUGUACUUCCGAAGUACAGGUGGAAACACGUACUGUAUCUCAGAAAAGGUUGCCCACUUCCAUUCGGCAGUUUCCUGACAAAGAAGGUUAUCAAGGUAGGAUUUUUACGCGGGAUGACGUAGUCAGCCAGCUUCUAAAAUUCGGUAGCGCAUUCCUUUCGUCGUCUUGGGAGUCAAAAAUUGCCUUGUUUUUUUAACUUUCCCGUAUCCCGAGCCCGUCCCGAAAAAUUGUGUGGAUUUUUAUUGGUCGCAACGUCGAAGCACAUGCAAGUCAGGCUGGAUUGGACAAGCCGAAAAAAGAUACUGCGUCAGCAAAGGAGGGAAAAGUCAGUACACUGUGUAGAGGAGGACGUAGCCUGCGUAGCAAGCGUUUCCUCGCGAGGUUCGUCUAGAAAACUGGGACAAGGGCAAAAAAAAAAAAUGAAUGACAACCUUUUUUUUGCUUCCGCUCUAACUUUCGCGCAAUAACUCGAUUGGAAACGCUUGCUACGCAGGCUAAGGAGGACGAAGACGCAAGGCCGUGCUCUUAAUACGGCGCAAGACUUGGCCUCGGGCGACUGAAAAUAUUGUCUAGGUGGCCCAGCCUGGCGACUUGCUGAUGUUGGUUUCUUGUUUCUGUUGAGUUACAGUCAAAAAGCUAAGAAUGUCGAGAAUUUAUUACUUGCGAAAUCGUAGCUCUGCCUCUCUCGGUGGCUUCGCGGCCUAAAAAGAACGCUUCGCUGGCUAAGAAACUCUUGAGGUCGACAUGUAAGUAGCAAUAAGUAUUAUGUCUAUCAAAAAGCUUUAGGAAAAUGUUGUGAAAUCGGGCACCGGGCACGCGUUGAUGUUCAAAGGUGGUUUCACGUGAAUUCACAUGUCACAUAAUCCUUGACUAUGAACGUGACAAGCUGCACAGUUUUCGAUAGUAACAGCUUUUCAUAGUGACAUUGAAAUUUUUUCUUUAAAUUAGGAUUGUUCAUUAGUUAGUUUCUCAAAACAAAUUGUUGCUUUUGCUCUGACAGGCGUGAAGUACGGUCGGCGACGCAAAACAAUAGUUUUGUAUUUUGAAAAUGGCUGAAUAAACAAGGGAGUCGGUCUUUUAUGUUCUUUAAAUAUUUUUACCUUUUUUUACUGCUGUGUCUGCGAGGCUAAAACAUAACUAAGAUUGUUAUUCCAGUAAAAUACGAUGCAUAAAAAAGAAAAGAGACGACUAUUAUAAUUGUGAUUGUUCUAGAAUCGGGUAUAAAUCCCUCAUUGUCUUUCGUGUCGUGACAAGGCAUUUAAUACGUAUCACGUACUAAAAAUAAAUAUGCAAAAGCUAACCGAAUCUACAUUUGUCCUGAACAUUUCACCGGUAAUAUAGAAAGAAAAUACUUCCGUUUUGUGCUUAAACGACGACUUUACAACAAGAUGAUCUAUUCAAAAGAGAUAAUAGUUUUGGGGCGGCCCCCGGUGGGGGGGGGGGGUACUUCCUUAUAAAGAGGCUAAUGGGGAUGUGCCGCUGGAUGGGGACGCAUUUUCACGACUAGAUUGACUAUUAAUAGAGUUGCAUUUUCAAAAGAGUUACUAGAAUGGGGUCGUACAUUUUCGGAUUUUCGGGAGACCUGUUCAUAUUUACGGUUAGCAAACGUACCAGGAUAUUUGUACUGUAGGUGAAAAAAAAAAUGUUCUUCAUUCAAUUUAUUUAAAAAAUGGGUCAAUUCAUUUUUUGAUGAUCUAUUUAAAGGAUUGAUAAGGUAGAUACAUAAAUAGAAAGUGACUAAGUUGAGAUCGCAAAAAUUACAUAUUUGCCCAAGAGUGACUAAUAUGGGGUCUACAAUUGGCCACAGAAAAGACUAUAAUAGGGUAGGGGCUCUGAGAGGCCAGAGGCAUAUACCCAGCAAAAGUUAACGCGAGUACCGCCCCCCCCCGGGGGGGGGGCGCCUCGGUUUCGUUGAAAUCAUAACAGUUUUCCUGGAAAGCUCCACGGGAUCUCAGUCAAUCUUAAUAAGCGAAUUUUCUUUUCAACCUAAAUCAAAAUGAUUAGUAAAAAGAAUUGCGCCCUUAUUUUUGACCCCAAAUUUACUUUUCAAUUUAAAAAACAUGAAAUGUUCGGUUCCGUUGUCCAUGCUUCUCAUAUGGCGCGAAAACUUACUUUCAUAUGACAACAUGCGGGUUUUUUUUCGCACGCUCAGGAUGUCAAAGGGAUGUGAUUUUUCAUGAAAAAAAUAUUCACAAAAUUCUGCUUGAGUUGUUAAGAAAAUAAUAUUUGUUUAAUUUUUAAUAAUUAAUCAACAGCUCAUCGAUUUAUUAAUUUGGGCGACCGACUUGGAGGCCCCGGCACCCCAGCUAAAAAUGCUUGGGGAACCAGCCCAAAGGGCUCCCUGAAAUUUUCCCUAGACCUCUUCCUUGCAGCCCUGUAGUUAUUGAAAGUAUGAUACAUUACAUGCUAUUGUUAAAUGUGGAAGUGCAUUUUUUUAAGGACAUUAGUAAAGGAAUGCAAAUUUUAGUGAACUAUCCCAUACUCCUAACAUAUAUGGUGGUAAUAUUGAUGUAAGUUUUGUUUUGAGUAGCAAAGGAACGCUUGUGUGUAACUCAUCUUCUAGUGUAUUAGUCCUUAACAGAACAUCUCCGUCUCUCCUGCACACAUUUCUGACAUUUGUUGCAUACACUACUCAACUUUCCAUUGCCAUCCAACAUAAUUCUUUCUUAAACCCACACAUCCCGCGUAAACUCCUUCGGGCGUCUUCUUGUUUAGGGAUGUUACUAAAACGGGAAACGGGAAAAUGAAAAACGGGAACAAAACAUAACUUGAACACGUUUCAGCUAGUUCAAUCGGUCAAACGAAACGAAUUCCAGAGAUAGACCAUUUUUGCGAAAAAAUUUUCACUCGGACCGAGCUUCUCGAUGGAAAUUUCCAGACAAUUCGGCACAAUGGAAAGCACUCCCAGUAUGCCUAGUAUACGCACUAUUUGGGGCCAAAUACGUGAGCCGUCUGGCCCGAUAUGCAGUUUUGCCGAGAUCUCGGCACCUUGGGUAAACAUGGCAAAAUUCAACUUUCAAACUCGUCCCCAGGGUUCGCAGGGUAGUUCAACUUUGUGAUUACUUGACAAUAGAGAUAGCCCGGCAAAUUGACAAAGGAACCGAGCCUGGAUCAUGUAAUCAGGCCCUUAGGCUGCGUGCAAACGGACGCAACGACUCCCAAAAUUGUUGCGCCAACAAUGUUGGGAGUUGUUGUGUGCAUGUUGGCAGUGGUGUGCAAACGGACGCAACAACUCCCAACAUUGCUGCGCCAACAAUGUUGGGAGUUGUUGUGUGCGUGUUGGCAGUGGUGUGCAAACGGAUGCAACAACUCCCAAAAAUUUUGGGACCUGCAGUGCAUCGUGGGAAGGAUACAACCCAUAAGUCUUUGUAAACCAUGCGUAAUGAGCGUGCGUGGCCCCAACAAUGUUGGAAGAGCUGUGCAAACGGAUCCAACAUUGUUGCGCUACGCUUCGGCGAUCACGGAGCAAAAGAAAUGUUGGGAGUUGUUCGCUGAAAAUUUUGACCUGUUUCAAACUUUGCGCAACAACACGCAACAACAUCCAACAACAUGUAACAUCCAGCAAUGUUGGGAGUUGUUGGCCAACAAUGUUGCGUCCUUUUGCACGGGACUUUACUCUAAAAAACUCAGUAAAAACAUGACCCCCUGCAAAUUAAUGAGAUUCCUUCUUCUUCUCAUUUUUACUUUCAUGCGAUUUCUUGGGGCUGCAGUUAAGGAGGGCAUUCCAUCGGACGACGAUCUGGAACUCCUGUCAGUGAAAGUUGAAAAGUGGAAACCGCUUGGGCGUCGGCUAAAACUUGAAGCCGCAGAAUUAACAGCACUUCACCAGGAAAACGAAGAACUGUCUGAGAAAGUAUUUGCAAUGCUGAUAAAGUGGAAACAAAAAAAUGCUUUCGAGGCUACUUACCGUUGUUUAUAUGACGCCCUCUGUCAUAAAUUAGUGAAUCGGAAAGAUUUAGCAGAAGAAUUUUGUUGUAGAUGUUCUGAACCGGAAGGUUAACUGAAGUGUGGUAAAUCGAUAUUACAGGUGAGGUUUUCAAACGUCUUACUUAUAAAUGCUCAUUUUUUUAUUAUUUUAGGUUUUAAAGCAUUUAACUCAUUUACAACUCAAGACCCAUUUACACUAUCGAUUCUUUGGUGGUGUAAAUGGAAGGAUGUGGAUAUGGUUGCCAAUGUUACACGUGUUUUCAUUUACACCGCUACUAAGGAAAACGUGUCCAAUUUCCGGUAGAGUGGUACCAUGUAAAGGGAGGGGAUAGAAACUGAGGGGGAUGGAGAAGGAAUGACUUACCUCUUCUUUCCCUCUUCUCGUGUAGUAGAGGUAAAGCGAGCUUAUAUUGUGGAGUUUAUAACAUCCUUUUUGUAGUGACAACUUUAAACUUAGAAUGACAAGUCUUAUCUUUGCACAAGAAUACUCGGCGACAUUUUAAAAAUGCUUACUUUGUUUUCUCGAAUGUUUUGCGUGAGCCUAACAUUGUUACGCGCAGGAAAUGCGUUUCGUCUGAUUUCAUCCGUCUGUUUAGUUUAUAGACGGAGUUUGAAGACGAACUAUCCGUCUAAGACGGAUAAUUCGUCUUGAAUUCUCCUCAGACAGUCAAUCUAAAAAACGGUGCGUUGCACUCUGGGAUGAAAAACACAGCGCCCCAAGUGCUAGCAAACGAAGGCAAAAACGAGACCAUUACUUCACCAAAAAUGACCAGUCUCUUUUUUCUUUCUUUCGUUUUGGAUUUUAAAGGGUUUGCUCCAGCAGCACACCACUCGAUGCAUAACCCCUUCAGGGUUAGCUUGCAAAAACAGCCGUUUCUCCUCGCCCGGAGAAACGGCUGUUCCGCAGGCUACUUAAGGUUCGGCUCUGAAACGUUUCCAGAGUGGUAAAUUUUAACGCUUUUCGAUAAGCAUGAGAUGGAAUGGUAACCGCGACAGAACUUCGAAGGCAUGGUUCAUCCGUCUAAUGUGAAUCCGUAACAAGGCAAAUUUAAAAUGUAUAUCCGUCUCGAAUUCACAUGUACACCAAGACAGUAAAUAAACCAGAAGGAUUAUCCGUCUCUAGGGUGAAAACAGCCAUUGGGCUUGAUUCUUGAUCUUUCUAUUUAACGGCGGAUAGUAUUUACUGAUGGACUGAAAUUUUUUCAGAUCUACGUGACAAAGGACGUCAGCGAAAGAAGAGCACUGGAAAGAGAUUAGCAUAAAGCAGAGCUGAUGACUGAAGGUACGCUUUAUGUCGUAACGUUAAUUAGAUCCAUACGUAGGACAACAAUACGCAGCAUUACAGGUGUAUUUUGUCCUGUUCGACCCGGUGGAUAAAAACGUGUUUGUUCAAGAACCAUGAGACUAUUACGACUGGAACGGAGGCCUAUCGUUCUUGAAAGAAACUGAGAAAGAAUUAUUUGCAGUUUUUCACUAUUGUACAUGACUCCACGUAAAACGUAUAAUAAUGAAAGAAAAUCAUGCAGGAGAUCUUAGAGCAAAGGUCCCUUACAUGCGCCCUUCUCCUGGUCUGUUGAGUAAAUUUUCCAGAGGAGAUAUGUAACUAUUACUCUUUGAUAAGACGAAGACGCAUUACAUUAGUGAAGACGAAAACUUUGCGUAUUCAAAGACCAUAGCAAAUUGUAAAUGUAUUAUUAUCUAGUUCGCUCAGGACUUUUCAGGGAUAAAUUACAACACUGGUUGGGGGGCUUUUGACAGAUUGCUUGUGGUGCAGUUUAAAAUUAAUGAGGUGAUGAGUUCAUAACGAGAGAACGUUAUUUUCUCUUGGUUAUGAAUGCCCCCUAAUGUGAAUGCGAAUUUAAGAUAGACCUCUACAUCGGGUACUACUCCCACCACAUUUUACGAAUAAUGUGUGGCUUCUUUAACAUCCCACUUAAUAUGCAAGGUUGUGAAACAGGGUGUACGGUUUAUCUUUCCUAUCCGUGAAGACUAGAAAGUCUAGCCGUUUGCGGAUGUCAUUGCAAAAGCAACACGGUCUCCUUAGUUAUUUUAAGGCCCCGAGUGUUGGUUUGACCAGGGUAUGAACCGUCGACCUCCUGCUUGGCAUACCGGCGCUUAUCCAACCGGGCGGCAGUAUCGUCUAAAAUCAGUGGCUUUCGCUAUAACGCCAUGUUUACUUUUAUGAUUUUUAUUCUAACCUUUUCUCUCUGCAGCCGGUUUGGUUUUAUCAGCAGCUGCUGCUUCUGUAGCUUAUAGAUUCAGCCAUGGUCUGGCACCCAUCAGGGGAUACGCCCCUCUUCGUUCUUAUUAACAGCAUUCACGGCUCCUUCCCUGAUCUCCACAACCUUCAUCAGCCCCGUCGACCAUCUCUAACACUGGCGGACCCUUGGGUAGCGAUCUUUAGCUCGUUAGUGGUUCUGACUUGUCUAAAGUUACACUGGACGAAUCCGAGUUGGAGAGUUGGUUCGUGAAUGAGGUAAUAAGGCCGCAACCUCGAAGCCUUUCUUGGAUAUUUAUAUUAUUAUUAAACAACAGUGUUUAGGGUUCAUCGUUACUGAAAGCAACUCCAAGGAUAAGUAUUUUAUUCGGUAACAAACUAUUUGUUAGGAAAAUUCUCGAGGUUCGCUGGGUUGCAAAGUGGACAACUCAACGUUGAACUCUGACUUUUGUAAUGAAGGGCGUUAGUCAGGAAUCAUCUUCACGAGGAUGCCGGCCUUUGUGAAUCAGAGACCUCAAACUUGUUGACAGGAUCGUCAUUUAACUUAGGUGGGCUUUGAGGUUGUAAGACACAGUGAAGACAGUUGAAAGGAUAUUAUUACAAUCAUUGAUUAGUCAGGAACAAGUUGAGCGAUAUUAUGAAAUGGGGUUUUGGGGUCGGUCAGAUCAAUGCAAUAUAUAGGCUUCUGCUAAAUAUAUAACGUUAGCUGGUUAUCUCCCAAACAUAGGCCGUAACAUUUUGAUAUGUCAACAUGUUGAAAAGCAAUUUCUUUACUUAUUUAAGUAUAAACUGUAUAAAGGUUUGAACUGAAGCUUCUGCGAGAUAAAACCUUCGUUUUUUUGUAUUCUUCACAGAAGACGAGGCCACAGACUGAGAUCCGGGAACGGCCCGUGCCCCAGUGUUUGUCCGCUAAUCAGGAAAAGAAGCUGGGUUCACGAAACCUUCGUUGGAUAUUUUUACUAGAAAGAGGUUAGGAGUAUGGCUUUAUAGAUUAGUCCCCUAAUUUGUUACAAUAUUAUUGAUGGCAGAGAUAUCCAGCUUCGCUGGUCUGUAUGAGUAUAAUAACUAUGCGUUUCCUCCUUACACCCGUAACGAAACGGAGAAUGAUUGACACUAAGUGAGAAAGGGCUCCAGAGAGAUCGGUUUGACCGUCAGGUUUCACUUAAGCUGAUCAUUUUGCGCUAGUGUCCUGCUCUUUUUGGCUUCACGGUCAGAUAGUUAUUCCACAAACGCCGGCGGACGUACCCUAACAGGGAUUUGCUGCAUAAGCGUUUUAGUUUUAAAAUUUGUCGUUUAAGAUCUAAAGUUCUCUUCAUAUCUGUUCUCUAGCAGAGCCCGUUAGCCCAGGGCGACAUACUUGUGUCCUUACAAGGAAUCUUAGUUUCUGCAGAAAAAACCGAGCACUGCACAUCCUGAAUUUCAUAGGUGCUGCACGUUUUAUUUAGACUACAGCUUUGCUUACAUAGCUUUCUUGACGUAAGGGCCACUUCUUUGUUGAUCAUUUAUUCCUAAUCGUCCAGAAAGUAAAAACCCUUACAUGGUACACGAUAGUUAUUAGCUCCCUACCCGGACGUAUUUUCGUACGUCGCGCAACACUUCAUCCCAGUUUGGAAGGACUGUUGCAUGACGAACCAAACGUAUGUUCGUGUAGGAGGCUAGAUGAACAUGGCAUUGUUGUAAAUUACGAUACACGUAGCUGAAUAAUCGUCGAGAAGAUGAUCUGGCCACUCAGAGAAGAUCACACGUCUGAGGUGGUUUAGGGAAGAAAUUCUCCUUUGUGGUCUACUGUUCAUAACAAAGUGAAUAAUUUUCUUUUGGCUUGAUUAUUAGCAGGCUAUGGCAGAGAUGUGGAGAAGCACUCGCCCCAGUACUCACGACGCACCAUCUCGUUUUCACGGUCCAGAAACCGUAAUGCCAGCUCAAGCGCAUUUCUAUCGUGCUGGUAAGGUUUCCAGUUCUCUUAUGUAGCCCCCCUUCCCCCCCCAACCCGCCACCUGUAGCUAAAUUCUGACUGAUUUAAACCCCAGUGAGUCAACGAACAGCACUUCACUCAUUACCUAGAGGAACCUGAAAAAGGUAGGGGAGGGGGUGGGGGGUACAAAUCCCAUUGUCCAGCCUUCAGCCUUACAUUCUGUCAAACCCCACUCUCCCAUUUAAAGUUUGCCUCAAAUGUUAUUCCUAAUGGACCAACAAAUAAUAAGAAAAGAAAGCUAAAUCCCGUUUUUUCAGGCCAGAAAUGGUCAAAUCUUAAUUCUCAUUUUAACCCUUCAGAUCCCUCUCACUGCUGUACCAUUACGUUUUUUGUGCGAUCCUAAUUUCUGCCUUUUUCCCUCUGUAGCUGGGCCUGUUUUCUUCUGCGGUGCAUAAAUUCAACUACGGCAUGGCACCCUUCGGUGGAUACCCCCUUUUUCAUGUUAAUCCACAGCAAUACUCCUCCCCCUAUAGCAUCACCUGUUAUCACAGCGUCCCAUCUGCCAUCUUUUCCCCUGGAAGGUCCUUAUGUCAACCGUCACACAUCCGCCCGAAAUGCGGGAAUUUUUUUCCCCUCAUGAGACGCGGGGAAGGCCACUACAUAGCUUUCAACCCCAAACUACAAUUCCAUGGGUUAUUAAUCUUAGAGGUUUGGGUGUGUCUACAAUCACUCACCUGCCAAGAAUCCAAGAAACGCUAAGACCACCACUCCAUGGAUUGCAACACCAAAGUACAAUUCCAUGCCAGACGUUGCGAAUCGUGGUGGUUAUGGUUUAUCAACCGACACCCUCCAGCCACAAAUCCCAGUAUUACGUGCCUCGAAUGGGACGUCUGGUCCGUCACUGCGUGAAUUGCAACCGCACCUUCUAUUUAUUAAUUAUUUAUUAAUUAUUAAUAUUUCUAUUUAUUAUUGAGAUAAUAUUUAUUAAAAGUUUUGGAGACAAAAACACUGUUGUUCUGCAAA